GUACGUUAUUGUGCAAUUACAAUCGAGAUAUGUGCAAUUAGAAAAAUACUUUAUUUACGGAGAUAUCGAUAUUGCAGUAUUAGUAAAAACCAUAAUUUACUUUUUCAUUUUUUUAUAAAAAUUGGAGAGUGUGCAAUUACAAAUACAAGUAUAAUCGUAAUGUGCUAUUAAAUAUACGUCGACUAGUAUUUUUUUUUAUUACAAAUAUCAUUAUUUUGCAGGCUGGGGUGGAGGGUCUUUACUUUUGGCGCUUUUUUUUAAUUUAUCCUAUACUACUGCAGCGCCACCCUUAUUGGACGCGUUUUUAGGGACACUUUUCUUAUAUAGAGAUGGUCCUCCUUCUCUCUACACUCCAUAGUAGAGAGAGAAGACUAAUUGGUUUAAUGAACUGUCAAAGUCUUGAGUGGUUCCCGAAUAGCCUAUUUGUCAAAUAAAAACUGUCAAACUCAUACAACAACUGCCAAAAAACUGGAAACUUAAUUGACAAAUAGGCUAACCGGAGAUGGUGAAAUCGGCACUAAAACUUUUUUACUAUUUACCUUACGGAACCAAAAGUAAGUACACUUUUUAGCAAGGUUUAGCAAUAUUACGUAUUUUUAUCUAAGGUGUUUUUAAAAGUAUAGAUACGUCGUACUCUCUCUAGAAUGGCAAUACGAUAGUCAGGUAAUUGCCCGACUCGCAUUCAGUCGGGCACACUCUUGCGUCGCGGCUAUACAUCGCUACAGCUCGUUAGUCUUGUGGUUAUUCGUGGCAAAAAUGCCUUCGUGCGUUUUUAGGUGGUGCACAAAUUACACGGCAACUGUUAGAUACAAGAAAAACGUCUCAUUUCAUUCGUAAGUACAGUUUUUCUUUUAUUAAAACAUUAAAUGUAAUUUCAUUUGACUGUUGUUUAACACGUGUAAGGUAAAGAGCGAGAUGUAAUCUGUUCUAUGCGUGAGAGUGAAAGAGACAAUGUUAGCGCGGUCUAAUGGCGGCCGUUGCAAGGGGAAGUUGGGGAAAAUUUUACCAUCGCAUUUAUGUUUAAUCCAGACCUAAAAAUUAAAUUUAUUUCUUAAGGCGGCUAUUCAAUGGUGAUGUGUGUAUGCAAGCAGUUAUAUGCCUACCUUAUUUUCUAAUAUUAAAUACACUAAUAGAAUGUAUUGUCUAGAAAAUAAUGAAGCGAAUAGAAUAUAACUUAUUUCUUUCCAUUUUAGAUUACCUAAAGAUUGAUUAAUGAAAGAAAAAUGGUUAAAAGUAAUUAGGAAUCAAAGACAUGAAGACGAUUGGAUGCCUACUACUUAUUCUAAAGUGUGCUCCGAGCAUUUCCUAACAAGUGAUGUUUAUAUUACAAAAAACAAUUUACGAAGACUGAAAAAAACAGCAGUUCCUGUAAUUAAAAAAGAAGAACAAAAUACCAUAUUAUCAUCACCGUCAAGUUUGCAAAGAGUUAUUGUAUCCGACGGGGAUUCAAUUUUUGAUACUCCUCGAAAAACAUUUUUGAAAACAAAACUUAGAAAAUUUUCUCUGGAGAAACGCUGGCUCCAGUUAAACAAUUACAAUUUAAUUAGGAAAAACAAAAGAGUCAAAGAAAAGUGUAACAAUUUAAAGCAAAUUGUGUCAGAGCUCAAAAAGAAAAAAAUAUUUUACAAUACAUCAGAUAAAAGAACUAAGUCUUAAAGCUGAAGCCGUUGAUUUUGCUAAUAGAUUGGUUCAGAAAAGCAAAUUUAGGCUUUCGCCAAAAAUUCACACCAGCAUUACGAAAAUUUGCAGUUACAUUACAUUAUUAUUCUGUAGCUGCUUAUAAAUAUGUUAGAAAUAUAUUUAAUGGAUGUUUGCCACAUCCUCGUAUCAUAGGUAAAUGGUAUGAGAAUACUUCUGGUGAUCCUGGUUUUAACAAACAAGCUAUGAACGUUCUAGAGAAAAAACACAAAAUUAGUGGGCAAAGGAUAUUGCGUACGUUAGUUGCUGACGAGAUGGCUCUUCGUCACCAAACCACCUGGACUGGAAAGAAAACUGCAGGCAUUGUAGAUUACGGCACGGGUUCUGCGAAAUUAUAUGAAAUAGCGACUCAAGCUUAUAUGUUUACAUUAGUCUGCUUAAACGAAAGCUGGAAAAUCCCUGUGGCAUAUUUUAUGGUUAAUGGGUUGUCAGCAGAAACUCGGGCAAGUUUAUUGAAAACAUGUUUGAGUGAAUGCUACCAAGUCAGGGUAGAUAUAGUUGCUAUCACGUUCAAUGGCUGUUCGUCAAAUUUAAACGCAGUCAAUUUAUUAGGUUGUAACUUAAAUCGUCCGGGCAGUCUGAAAACUACUUUUAAACAUCCUGAUUGUGAUUUGGAGAUGGCGAUCAUGCUUGAUGCUUGCCACAUGAUUAAAUUAGUUCGAAAUACAUUUGAAGCUAAAAGACUUAUAUACGACACAAGUGGAAAACAGAUACGUUGGCAGUUGCUUAUUAAUUUAGUCAAGCUUCAAGAAAACGUUGGACUGAAUUUUGCGAACAAAAUUACUCCUCGCCACAUUCAUUUCCGGAAUGAGAUAAUGAAGGUAAAACUGGCAACUCAAAUUAUGAGCAUGAGUGUUGCGGACGCACUAAAGUUAUGCAAUGAGAUUUUGACGUCUUCUCUUUUUGUAAACACUGAAGGUACGACAGAGUUCAUAACUAUAUUUAACAAUUUGUUCGACAUAUUUAACACAAUAUCUUCCGGUUUAUAUGGGUUGAAGAAACCACUUUCGAUAAAGAACGAUGAUGAAAUUUUCGCUUACCUUGAAAAGGCCAAACAGUACAUACUGGGACUAAAAAUAUGGAUUAAAUAUAGACGUAUUUAUCGCAAACGAAUCCAAAUGAAAGUUGUAAAGAAAAACAUUGUCGAGACCAAAAACAAAACAGGAUUUUUGGGCUUUCUAGUAUGCAUAGAAAGCUUAAAACACUAAUACUCCACUUUAGUGGAAGGACAACGCUUGCAAUACAUUGCGACUUACAGGCUAUCUCGAGACCACAUUGAAUUGUUGUUCGGUGCAAUAAGGCGACAUGGAGGCUAUAAUAAUAACCCCAAUGCAAUGCAAUUAAAGGGGAUUUUUAAAAAAAUCCUUCAGCAUAUGGAAAUGAGGUCCUCGUUUUUAGGAAAUUGCGUACCACUGGAAGAUAUUCCUGUGUUGACGUGUUCAUCCGCAGUUGAAAAAAUUAAUUCUACGGUAAUUAGAUCGAACGACGAGGAAUUGUACUCACACGUAGAACUAAAUCGAAGCGGAAAAGAAACUGAUGACACUCUAAAAAUAUAGGAAAAUGUUGAGAUGCUUUCAACUCUAUUAAAUAGGGAAAAUGUCAAAAAAACCGCCGACCAGAUUAUUGGUUACGUAUCAGGUUAGGUGUCCAGAAAUCUUAUUAAAUGACUUAAAUGUGAUGUAUGUAAUAACAGUCUGCUCUCUGACAAAACUGUGGUUUCACAAAUUAAUUAUUCUCAAAAACAUGGGCGGACUAUGUAUCCCAAGUGAGGAGGUAUUUCAAAUUUGCCAAAAGUCAGAAGCGAUUAUAAAAAACCAUAUUAAGCAAAAGGGCCAUAUUAUACUACCCGAUCCCAAGGAGAUUGCAAUUAUAAAAAACCGAAUCUUAAAGUCAUUCUUAAACCGUAAUGACGUGGUUUCGUCUUUAAACUCUCAUUCGCUAGAACACUAUCCGACUUAUAAUCACAGACUACACCUUAUACGCGGUAUUAUAGAGAAGUUCACUAAUGUACAUUUCACUAAUGUUCACAUACAUUUCGCGCAUAAAAAUAAUGCAAAUUUGAAAUGUGACUACAAAAGGCAAAAAAGGAAUAAGUUAAGUUUGUUUGAGGGAAUAUAAUAGCACAUAACACCACAGUUCACUGACUGAGUCGAUAUUAUUUCAUAAUUUGAUUGUUUAUAAUUAAUAUUUUGAAUAUAGAUGUUUUGUUC